AUGUCCGCCAACCAGCCACCACCAGCCCACCACCAUUCGAGUGAUAACUAUGGUGGAUCACUUGCACACUCGUUAGAGCCUCUUCUAUCAACGAAAGAAGAAACUGAUGAUGAAGAGAUUGAACAGGAAUCAAUUUCUCGAUCUCGUCGCGGUGUCAAUCAUCGAGGAAAACGACAAGAAAAACCGCCGUUUAGCUAUAUUGCCCUAAUUGCGAUGGCAAUUUCGAGAACUCCCGAAAAGAAAGCUACUCUCGCCGAAAUCUAUACAUAUCUACAGGAGAACUACGAGUUUUUUCGGGGUCAAUACGUGGGCUGGAGAAACUCGAUUCGUCACAAUCUCUCUCUAAACGACUGCUUUCUCAAAUUGCCGAAAGAAGCCGGUGAUCGCGGGAGAAAGGGUCACAAAUGGACAAUCUCACCGAAUUGCGAGUUCUUGUUAGAAGAAGGCUGUUUCCGGAGGCGACCUCGUGGAUACAAGGCAAGAAAAAGAUGCCCUUUCUCGCAACAGUUUGAUUACACAUCCACUGCUCUUCAGUUGAUCCCAUCCGUCGACUCAAUCGCUUUCUCAACGAGUCGACACCUCGCAACGGCUUUAGACGAAACAACCACAUCAAGCGGUGUGCCGAGUGACGAGAGCUCGACUUUCCCCGCUUUCAUCCCUCCCGUUACCGUCGUCUCGCCCACCGAUGAUCCGACGCUAACUUAUCCCACUUAUCUACAAGGACAUCAAUUCUGGCCAUACGAUAGUGUUUAUUAUGGUGGUCCAGGCUAUGAGAAUUUGUAUCCAAUGUGGAAUGAUUCAAGCUAUACAAUGCUUUAUCAAAGUGGCGUGACGGGAACGAUGUUUGGACAAAGUGAAACCGGCGAUUCGGUUGCUUGGCCGCCUUUCGUUGCAAACGAUUUCCCCGGGGAAAUCGAGGUGACGGACACAGACCCAGUGCUUUAUGCAGCUCAAGAGGAUGAGAAUGGAGUGAUGCUUGAGCAGGAUGCAACAAGCGACCUAUCAAUGCAGCCAGUUCCAGAAAACGAGGUCGACGAGCCGCAAAUGCUUGCCCCGAUGGACCCAACACACGGUGAUCACCUCUCGAAUGCUCAUUUGCAAUCUGAUCUUCCGCUCGUCAACUUGCACAAUCACCGUCCAUUAGAUCCACUCAGUCUUCAGCUAACCGUUGACCAUUACCAUUUUCAACUGAAUUACUCGAAUACCAUUAAAAAUGAGUACGAA